UGAACCUGUCUUCUGAUUGGGCAACAAACACGGAACAAAAACGGAAAGAAUUUUUUAAAAUUGUCGGUGGCGGGGAAAUGGAAAAUACAUGAAGUUGACAUUGGUCGCUUUACUACGUACCUCCUCGGCAUGAGUGAAAAGAUCCAGAGGGGCAGACGCUGGCUAGCGUCAAUGUUCGGCGACCUAGCGUUUUCUCAGUUGGAGGUUAACGCGAGGACAAUGGAUAUUUUGGACCAGCUCGCCCGGUCCAGCGACGUCAGGUGCCGCCACAUCUGUCUGCUCGCCGAAGACAUCAACCACAAAGCGGCUGAGUACGGGGCUGAGGGUGCUCACCUCCAGGAAGUCAUCGAGCAAGGCUUGGACGUUUCCUCCGCCUUGCUGUCCAAGUCAUCUGAGGACUUGUUGUCCUCUCUGGCGGACAACGUCACGGUCCUGGCGCUCCGAGACACGUCGCUCUACAGUUGGAUGCCGGCGUUGAAUUGCCUAACCGAUCGGCUCUUGGCGGCGAAGAAGGCGGACGCCGAGGUGGAGCGCGAGCUCCUCGUGCUCCGAAAGAAGCUGAGCGACGCUCUGGUGAUGCGAGGACGACUACAGGACAAUGUGAACAAAGCGUGUGACGCUCAAGCGGUAGAGAGCGCCAAAGCGGAAGGGAGGUCGCUCAACAUGGAUUUUCUCAAAGAGAAAGCUCAAGAGACGUACAAUAAACGCCAGGGCAAAGAGACCCAGCUGGCAUCUAGGAACAUGAAAGAGUCACUCAGCCAUCAAGCUUUAGUCCAGCUAUCGGAGGAAGUGACUGCGCUGAAAGCAGAAAUUGAACCCCUGAGGAAGAAACUCCAGCGUUUCAUGGACCUCAUUCCAAACCCGUCCCUGGCGCGAGUCAAAAUAGAAGAGGCCAAAAGAGAGCUGGCAGCGCUCGAUGCCCAGAUGGAGAUGCGCAUGGACUCCAAGUGAAGCGGAGCAUCAUACUUGACAGAAUAUCUGUGGAUUUUUGUGCAGCAAAGACCUCUGCCAAGGUCUCACAUGGCUCCCAAGAUCAUUUCUUUGUGAUGUUUUCAUAUUAAUUCCUGGACUUAAAAGUAUAAGUAUGCUAAUAGCAUUCAUUUUAGUGAUAAGUACAUUGGUAAUUAGUUAUCAUCUUGCUCUAUAUAAUGUUCUAAAGUGGAAAAGUAAGAUUUUCAAGUGUAUAGAAAUGAACAAGUUUGUUGAAAUGAAGAAUAAAUAUGAUGUGAACAUUGUAUUGUCCUCA